AUGAAAAAUCAAACUAAAAGUCCUUCUAAACAAAGAAUUCGUUAUAAAGAUUGGAAAUGUAAUUAUCCUGGUUGUAAUGAACCAGCAAAAACUAAAUACAAUUGUACUUCACAUGUAUGGGAUGCACAUCUUAAAUUUAUAUAUAAUGAAUUUGGUGGAGUUGCAUUUAAAAAUUUAGAAAAUAAACAAUUCCCAAAAGAAAUGUGUGAAAAAUAUAUUGAAUUUGUACCAGAUGAAGUAAAUAUUCGUAAAAGAAAAUACCCUCUUGUUACAAAACAAAGUAAUAAAAAAAAUGAAUCUCCAUUAAUUACUUCGUUAGUUUCAACUAACAGUCCAAAUAAUCUUAUUCAUUCUUCUGAAAAUCAGGUUGAUACUUUAUCACCUCCUUCAGAAUCAUUGGCUGGUCAUGAAAUUUCAGAUUUUAAUGACCUCCCUCCUAUUAUUCAAAGAACUUCAUUUCCACAGUUAUCUCAAACACCCCAACAAUUAUUUUGCUCAACAAAUAUUGAUGAUUUUAUUAAAGUACUUCAAGUUUCUCCUUCAUUAAAACAACUUCAUAUCUUUGGUGCUGUAUUUGCAGAAAAUGGUUUCUUUCAACGAAGUGAUUCAAGAACAAAAACAAAAAUUGCACCAAUUAGAAAUGCAUUAGAAAGACUACUUAAUGUUACUGGUAAAAUGUACACAUAUGAUGUUGCUAAUGCAGAGACUUAUGGUUUUAUAGCUCAAGAAUUAAAAGAACAUUUUCCUGAUUUAGUCCAUGAAGAUGAAAGUGGAUAUUUAUCUAUUGAUCCUAUUAGUCUUAUUCCUUUUACUGUUGAAGCAGUUAAAGAAUUAGAUAAAGAAAUUAUACCUUUACAAAAUUCAUAUAGUCUUGCUGUUAAGUUACUAGAAGAAUCAAACAACUUAUUACAAACAAUUAACCAAUUUACUGUAGAUUUUUCAUUUUCUCUUGGACCUCGAUACAUUACUCUACCUAGUGCUAUAAUCAUUACUAUACUUAGUGUUAUUUUAUCUAUAUUAUAUCCUUCACUUCCUUUUAUUUGGGGAUAUUUUGCAUUACUUAGUGUUGGGUUAUGGUAUUCAUCUCGUUCAUCUAAUGUCAGUGUAAAAAAAGAAACAACUAAAUUUGGAGUUUCAGGGUGUAUUGUAGUUGGAAUUAUCUGUGGUUCAUUAAGUUUUCUUUUUGGUUGUUCAGUUCAAUUCAUAGGAAUGUACAGUAUUGUUGUUUUGAUUGUAUGGACUAUUGGUCAAUUUUAUGGUGAUUGUUUAAAAAUAUUCAAUAUGUUUAUUGUCAUCUCUAUUAUAUUUAGUGGGAUAAUGUUUAUUCUAUCAAUAAUUCAACCAGGAUAUACAUGUCAUGCAGGUGUAGUUGAUGAUUUAAUUUAUGUUAAUAGAUCACCAUGGAAUUGCCUUGACCCAGAACUUGGAUUUAUAUUUGAAAAUAAUGAAAUUGUAUGGCUUGGGUCUAAAGGAGAAACGUUGUUGAAUCCAAUUAAUCAUCAAAAUGCUUCUAUAGGUGUUGUUCUAAAAUGUUCUGAUUUUGUAAAUUUUAAAUGUGGAAAUAUCUAUUAUUGA